UAGAUUGGUAAUAAUCGGGGUUGUUGCAGCUGCAAUUUCUGUGUGAAGAUGCCCGACGGCAAGAAACAAAAUCUGAAAGAUCCCGGGUCGCCCUGGCAACAUCGAGCUUACGAGAAACACCGAGCGAGGGUGAAAUUGGCAACAUCCACGGUCGACGUGGACCCGCCGGAGGAGAGGCCGCAUGUCUUCAACAAUGCCAAAAAGGCGCAGCUGGAAAAGGAGAGACAGGCCGAGAUUAUUCGAGAGAACUUCAUACUUCUUAAGAAACUUCACGAAAUCAUGUAUGGACGGUCCAAGGAGAGCCGUCUUUUGCAGAAGAAGUCAAAGUGCAUAAAAGCUCGGUAAUCUUCUGCCAUCCUGAAGGAUUUGUAAAGCAAUUGAGUAAACU